CCACUAUCACUCACGGACUCACGCUGUCGAUCCAAACGGGAGCAGAGACUUCAUUGCCCACCGUCCAAAUAAUCGAGUAAAAUAACAUCAGCUGAACUGAUGGAAGCCAGUACGUGUAUAAAUACCCCAGUACUAGUAUGUAUAUCCUCCGAGCUAAGCUAGUACCCAGAGAGAUCGUGUCAAGAGAAACCAAGAGCGAAGGAGAAAGGAGUGGCAGACUGGCAGUGUGCUUGCCGGUAGAGCGGGACUGAUGGCGCUGCGCGACGUGCUGCGGACGGUGGCGCAGACGCCGCACCGGCUGCGGAGGAGGGCGCUGGUGACGUGCACGCCGGAGCAGGAGCUGAGCGAGGUGCGCGACAGGUCCGGCCCGCGCAUGGCGCGCCGGCUCGAGUGGUACGACCUCGUGGGCCUCGGCGUCGGCGGGAUGCUCGGCGCGGGCGUUUUCGUCACCACCGGCCGGGUAGCUCGCGACACCGCCGGGCCCGCCGUGUUCGUGUCCUACGUCGUCGCCGGCGUCUCCGCGCUGCUUUCGUCAUUCUGCUACGCGGAGUUCGCCGUCCGCGUCCCCGUCGCCGGCGGCGCCUUCAGCUACCUCAGAGUGACCUUCGGUGAGUUCGUGGGGUUCUUCGGGGGAGCCAACAUCCUGAUGGAGUACGUGCUGUCCAACGCGGCGGUGGCCAGGAGCUUCACGGACUACCUGGCCUCGACGUGCGGCGUCACGGAGCCGGACGCGUGGAGGAUCGAGGUGGAUGGCAUCGCCAGCGGCUACAAUGCGCUGGACGUCCCCGCCGUCGCGCUCAUCCUCCUCCUUACUCUAUGCCUCUGCUACAGUACCAAGGAGAGCUCGAUGCUGAACAUGGUGCUCACGGCGUUCCACCUGCUCUUCUUCGCCUUCAUCAUCGUCGCCGGCUUCUGGAACGGCAGCGCAAGCAACCUCGUGAGGCCUGGCGGUCUGACGCCCUACGGCGCUCGGGGCGUGCUCGACGGCGCCGCCGUCGUCUACUUCAGCUACAUCGGGUACGACUCAGCGUCUACCAUGGCCGAGGAGAUCCGUGACCCUGCACGCGCGCUCCCCGUGGGCAUCGCCGGCUCCGUGCUCGUCGUCUCCGUGCUCUACUGCCUAAUGUCCCUCGCGCUCUGCGUCAUGCUGCCCUACAACGAGAUCGCGGAGACCGCGCCAUUCUCGUCCGCAUUCAGGGAGAAGGCCGGGUGGAAGUGGGCAAGCAGCAUCGUCGGGACCGGCGCCAGCAUCGGCAUCGUGGCGUCCCUACUGGUGGCCAUGAUGGGGCAGGCGAGGUACCUGUGCGUCAUCGCCAGGGCAAGGCUGGUGCCGGCGUGGCUGGCCAAGGUCCACCCUUCCACCGGCACUCCUAUGAACGCCACCAUCUUUCUAGGAUUAUGCACGGCAACAAUCGCCCUCUUCACUGAGCUGCAGAUAGUGUUCGAGAUGAUAUCAAUCGGAACCCUUCUGGCAUUCUACCUGGUGGCAAACGCACUCAUCUACAACCGGUAUGCGAAGCUCGGCACAACCCGGCCGCUUCAUGUCCUCCUAUUCCUGUUGCUCCUAACGCUGAGCUCAAUCGGCUUCUCCCUCUCGAGAAGGAUCGACGGGCGGUGGCGAUGGGGGAUGGCGUUGUUUGGCGCUGUUUCAGUGGCGGUCAUCACAAUCUUCCACUGGACAGCGCGGCAGGAUGUGGCCGAGCCAUCUGCGGAGUGGACAGUUCCUAUGAUGCCAUGGCCAGCUGCUGCAUCUGUCUUUCUCAAUGUGUUCCUGAUGACCACCCUCAAGUUGAGGUCCUUUCAGAGGUUUGGGAUCUGGAGCUUUGUGAUCACAAUCUUCUAUGUGUGUUAUGGGGUGCAUUCCACAUAUACUGCAGAGGAAAAUGAAGCUGUCAAUGCGAUGAUUCAUCAUGCCAACGUGGACAUAUCUUAGCAUUAGCAGCAUAAUAAUAAUAAUUUGACAUAGUAAGACUUACUUGGGAGCUCACCAGGCUCAGCAGUUACACCGCCUUGGAAAUGUUCUUUAGCCUAAAGAAGAUGUGGGCGAAGGAGGGGUUGCUUUAGCUUAGGUUAACCCCUUCCUUUCCUGCUUUUGUGCUUGCUCACUUGCUAAAACUAUUGGCUUGUAAGUUGCUUUCUCUCUUUUCAAAUAUGCAGGAUAGUGCAAGGCAUGCGGUUGCUCAAUAAAAGAUCUGUAAUUCACCUA